GAUCGAUUGAUGGUGCCUUGGCGGAGAUGUGAAACUCCCAUUGAUUGAUCUCCACACACUCCCCGCUGACCAGAGAAAACACUCGAUAGCGAAUGCGAGAGGGGAUUUAAAUUUGACAAAUAUUUGCCCACGGCUCCCUGACGGGAAAGGUAGCUGUUGUCUCGUGCAGUCCGAGAUGCCUCUGAAAACCCUCGCGGACAGCGCUCGUCAUCGGAGGUAACGCGGAGGACCGAGAGACGCGUAGAAGCGGCAGAACGGGGAGGCUCCUGCCCCGUUUCCCUCUCUCUCUCUCCCUCUCUCUCUCCUGCCUACCUUCUUCAUCGCGUCCAUCCACCACCGCCCUCGACAGCCAUGGACCCUCCGAGGACUCGCUCGCGAUCUCGCUCCGGCUUCUACCAUUUCGGCAUGAGCGGCAACGUCGGAAGCAACGGCGGCGGUAACGCGGUCGGUAACGGCGGCUUGAUGAUGCCCGUCGGAGGAGGUGGAGGUGGGAGCUACGCGCAGCCGAGCAACCCUGGUUGGGCUCCGCACCACGGGGGUCGUAGCUACCCUGAGAACCAGCAGCUGCAGCAGCAGCAGCAACAGCAACAGCAACAGCAGCAGCAGCACCCCCCCCAGGGGAGCUACCUGUCAGCGGGGGCGCAGCGCCACUCCUUGCUCGGAGCUCACAGACACCCGGGGGCCGGAGGAGUGCUACAUUUUCAUCCAGAUAAUGUUUGUGAGGAUCGGGACAAAAUGGAAGACAGCCCAAGCCCGAAAAGGCAGCGUCUUUCCCAGCAGGCCAUGUUGGAUCUAAACUCCGCCCCUCCCUCCACUCCUUCCUCUCCCAUUCGCCCCUGGGAGUUGCCUCCCAGUCGCCGACCACACCCCCACUACAUGCCAGAGAGAUGCCACACGCCUGUUCGCAACCGACGCAGCCCUCCAAUGAGACGCCAGCGUGGCCGGAGAGACCGCCUGACACGCCACCACCACCACACCCACAACAACAAUAACAACCACCACCACUACAAUAGCAGCAACAACAACAACAAUCAUCACCACCACCAUCAUCCCCACCACCCCAACGCUCAUCAUCAUCAUCAUCAUAAUCACCAUCACCCCCACCACCUGCACUCCCACCACGGCCCAUUGCCAGGCCACCAGGAUGAGAACUACCGGCACCCGGCUCCCCCUCAGGGCUUCCCACCGUUCGGCCAGCAGCCUCCACGAGGGCUGGGGCCCGGGCUCGAAGAGCGCCCGGGGCACCACCCCCCGAAUCCCUCACCAAGGCCCCUCCACCAAUCACCGAACCUGUCGCCCAGGCUGCUGCACCCUGUGGGCCAUCCACAGCACCCGCACCCCCACCCAUCUCAGCAGAGCAGUGUGGUGCUGGACCUCCAUGAGCAGGGUUCAGCUCCAGUAUCGUAUCCUGUGUCUCCUCCGGGAGCGCCACCGGGCCUGCCGCCUCGCUCCACUCCUCAGCAGAUCCCAGCAUGCUCGGUAGUCUUCAGUGGACAGCACUAUCCCGUCUGCAGUGUCCCUCCUCCUGUUCUUCAGACUUGUUCUGUGCAGCACUUACCCAUGGCCUACCCGUUCCCGUCAUUGCUGUCCAGCGACCCAGCCUUCCUGCUCCCGCCGCCUCAUCUCACCCACCCCUCAGCACACCUUUCCCACCACCCACCUCACCUGCCGCAGCCUGGACAGUUCGCACCGUAUCCGACGCAGCAGGCCCGAUCGCCGCUACAGAGGAUAGAGAACGACGUGGAGCUUCUCGGAGAACACCUGUCUUUGGGUGCCGGGCUCCACUAUCCUCCCGCCACCCACCCCGCCCUCACGCCACACUCCGCCCAGCUUCACUUCCUCUCCCAUGAACCCCUGCCACAAGAAUUCUUUGGAGUGUCCUAUCCCAACUUCAUCCCCCGGCGUCUCCCAGGGCGACGGUACCGAUCACAACAGCCACUGCCACCUUCGCCUUACCACCCCAGCCUCCUGCCUUACUUCCUUUCAAUGCUGCCAGUCCAGCCAACAGGACCUGCGAUCAGUCUAGAGCUGGAUGUAGACGAUGGAGAAGUGGAAAAUUAUGAGGCCCUCCUAAACCUCGCUGAACGUCUGGGAGAGGCCAAACUCCGAGGACUGACCAAGGGAGACAUCGAACAGCUUCCUUCCUAUCGGUUCAAUCCAAAUAACCAUCAGUCAGAACAAACACUCUGUGUGGUGUGCAUGAGUGAUUUUGAGUCCCGCCAACUGCUGCGAGUCCUGCCCUGCAGCCACGAGUUCCACGGGAAGUGUGUCGACAAGUGGCUACGGGCCAACAGAACGUGUCCCAUUUGUCGGGCUGAUGCCUCAGAGGUCCAGAGAGACUCUGAGUGACCACAUGAGGGAGCAAGAUGCUCCUCCACGUUCGGCAUCACCCGCUCCUGAUAUAUUAAUACACAUGUACGAGCUUACACACACACACACACCCACACCAACACCACUUCCUUGUGUUUUUGUGCAGCACUUUCUGCUCGUUUGUUAUCCUUUCGAUCUUUAUCCCUUCUCCCUUAUUUUUGAAUCUGAUCAGAUUCCUUCUUCAGCAGUUAUUUGUUCAUUUGAAAGCAAGCCCCCACAUCUCUUUUGUGAAUUUUCACCCUCCAUGACCACUAUUCUGCUAGUUGUGUGGCAUGGAUCUGUGUGUGUUACACGUGCAUGCACCAGAACCGUGCAAGCGCUGAUUCGUCAGGCCUGUAAAGAGGGGCUGUGGCGUGCGUGUGUGUGUGUGUGUGUGUGUGUGUGUGUGUGUGUGUGUGUGUGUGUGUGUGUGUGUGUGUGUGUGUGUGUGUGUGUGUGUGUGUGUGUGUGUGUGUGUGUGUGUGUGUGUGUGUGUGUGUGUGUGUGUGUGUGUGUGUGUGUAAGGUAGGGUUUUGGAUGUCCUGGGGCAUGCCUGAGGUUCUGUUGUGCAUCAGACAAGGGAAACGACAUGAGAGCGUUUUUGCUCUCUACCUGAGUGACUGUCUAUACUUCCGGUUUGUACGUUUAUGCACUGUUGAUGUCUGUAUGCAUACUGCGUGUGUGUACGUUAUAGACUUAAAUCCUUUUCUCUAGUUUGACACUAAGGGUCCAUGCUGCCACUAUAUUUCUCGGUUGCCUAUUUGAUCCAUUUGUUUCAGUAGCUGUCUAUUAUUAUUAUUAUUAUUAGUACUCAACAAUUAGAAGUGAUUGUUUUCCUGCCUGGCAGUUACCUCAUCAUUCCGGUUUUGAUCAUCUUUCAUUACAAACGCUUCACGGCACUACUCUGAAGUUAAGCACAUUAUAUAUUUUUCUUUUCCUUUCUUUACUUAGUAAAAAUAAGUUUGUCUGUGAAUUUGCGGUGGCACACGUGUUACAUAUAUACAUAUAUCUAUAUAUAUAUACUGUAUAAAUCUACAAAUAUCUGUAUACCAAAUAAAAUGCUUGAUACAAA